GCGAGGCGAGGCGGCCAGCGCCUGCGGCUGUGCGGGCAUUGCAGAAAGAAGAGUCUCCGUUGCGGUGGUAGACUUUCAGCUCCGCCGGCCCGAUUGUUUGGUGUGCCUGCAGUGUCAUCGCACUGCAUCAAAGGAUGUCGGUGUGGCGUGAGACUACGUGUGCGUGUUCGCUGCGGAGGACUUGUAUUGUAGUCCCACAGGACUGGAAGCCGCGGAGUUUGACAGUCAGUCACGCAGAGGCCAGUGCGUGUUGUUCCGACAAGGUGACCACGGGAGUGUCGGGCAAGGUCGCUACCUGGAUGGCGAAACCAAGACUGUUUGGAGAAACGUGACACGGAUAACGCCCACUGCGCGUGGAGAGACCGCGCGGCGCGGCGCAUCGCUGGGAGUCUGGAGAGAGCUCCUAUAAGACGGCGACCAGCGGCGGCCAGCCAGCAGUUCGGCGAUCACUUCCGGGUGGCGACUCAGGCGGAGUGGAGCUCAUCCUUCAGAAAUUGCCGCUGGGACACGGAGACGAGCAGUUUCGGCGCCCGAGCUGAUACAGAGAGCAGAGCUGUGAGCAACGCCAAGCAGCUUCAAAUCUGGAACGAAGAGCUGGUCUGUGGGUCGUCCGGAGCAGCUUCGAGCCUGACUCCGAGAGGUGUGCUCCUGCAGUGCGCCCGGCCGCGCCGGUGUGACAGGCUGACUGGCGAGUGACCGUUCUGCCGUCGCCCCACCCACAUCCGCUCCAUACCGGGGGCGGUGUCAUCGAGCCUGAGAAACUGUGCAACAGAGAUGCUGCGGCACGACACGAUGCUGGUCGUGAUGGCCGCGAUGGUCUCCGUACCGCUCACCGCUGCCCAACGACAGGGCUAUGGACCACCGCGACCACCAAACACUAGUGUGAGAUACGUCAAUACUCCGCCACUUCAGCCGGGGCGCGGGGCCCCUGCCAGGCCCCAGCAAAACUACGGAACUCCAGAUAACGCACAACAGAGUUACCGGGCUCCAACGAAUCCACAACAGGGUUACGGAGCUCCAGAUAAUCCACAGCAAAGUUAUGGAGCUCCAGCAGCUCCAGCAAACCCUGCGGCCAAUAACGGAGCACCUGCAAAACCCGCCCCCAGUUAUAAUGCUCCCGCUAAUCCUCAACAAAAUUACGGAGCUCCGGAUAAUCGUCAACAAAAUAAUGAAGCACCUGUGAACCCUGAGCCAAGUUAUGGAGCUCCAGCUAAUCCUCAGCAAAACUAUGGAUCUCCUGCAAACUCUGCGCCCAGUAAUGGAUCUCCUGCCAAUCCUCAGCAAGAUUACGGAGCUCCAGCUGAUCCUGAGCCUAGUUACGGAGCACCGGCGAGCCCUGAGCCUGGCUACGGAGCGCCGGCAAACACUGAGCCGAGACCCGAAUCAGCUCCUGUUGCCAGUAAGCCUGGCGGAGGCGCUGCCCCCUCGGCCGAGUACGGCUCCCCGGCGGCCCCCGCCCUGGAGGGCUCGCUCGGCGGCUCGCUCGGCGGCUCGCUCGACUACAGCCUGCCUGUGCUGGCCGGCAGCAGCGGCGGCAAGUGUCGCGCCGACACCAAGUUCAUCCUGACCUGGACCAAGGCCGUGCUGCCCGUGACCGUGUACGACUCGCGCAGCGAACACGUGCCCACCACGCUCUACAAGUACAUCACGGAGACGGAGCAGUUCCCGGUGACCGUGGUGCGCCUGGAGACGCGGACCGAGACGGCGCGGCCAGAGUACCGCGAGGAGACCAAGAUCACCUACAAGACGCUGACCAAGCUGCUGCCCCAGGUGGACGUCGUCACGUCGACGUUGCUGAUCCCUGAGGACGAGCACGUGACGGUGACGGAGACGGACCACGUGACGCAGACGAUGCUGCAGCGCUACCCGGUGGAGGUGACCUCCACCAGCGUGGUCAGCGUGCCCAAGGUGCAGACGUCCGUGUUCACCGAGCAGCGGACCCAGGUGCAGACGUCGUUCGUGACCAGCGUGUUGGCCAUGGUGCAGACGGAGACGGUGAACGUGCCGCAGACGCAGUACAUCACCACGGUCAGCACGCGGCUGCAGCAGGUGACGGUGGACGUGACAGUGACGGUGCCGCGCUACCAGACGGUGACGCAGUGCUACCCGCCGCCCCAGCAGCAGCAGCAGUCGUACCAGCCACAGCAGCAGCAGCAGCAGCAGUCGUACCAGCAGCAGCAGCAGUCGUACCAACUGCAGCAGCGGCAGCAGCCGCCGCGCUACCGGCGCAGGCAUGGCUGAGGACAGGGGCGUAACUUUUUGGUUUUCGUUGGGGGGGGGGGGCAACGCUGUCAGGGGCGCCUUUUUAAGGGCAUGGGGGCGCCUCCCCGUUACUGUCUAGAAAUAAGUCUUAUUUCAGUUAACGGCAGCAUUUUUUUUUACCAUAGCACGUUGUUUUUGUGCCGUCGUGUUUUGGCACGUUAUGUUGCAGUUUUUUCUGAAAUAGCGCCCCAAAAGCGCGGAAUUAUUUUGUAACCAAAUACAUUUUGAAAGCACUUUGGGGACCAGAGACCGGGGGCGGGUAGUGGAAUUGGGGACCAGGGUAGUGACGCCUUAUUAAACAACGCAUAUGGUAGUUCUUCUAAAGAAACGAGACGAACUGAUGAAUUGACAAAAAGAAAAGAAAAAA